AACCCUCGCUUCGUUCACGACGCGCAGUCGCCCAUUUCGCAUCUCAUCAUCUCGUCUCGCUCUCCCCCCGAUUGGCCAACAACAAACCAACCCGACCGACCACACAACAACAGGGAGGCGAACCCUCGCCGCCGUCUCCGUCUCCGUCCCCGUCCCCGAGGUCUCCUGCUGAACGCCGGCGUGGGGUGCCCGGGCUCCACCACCGGCGACGACUCCCUCUCCGCCGCGCGCGUUCCCACCGCCUGCUCCGUUUGCGGGGGUAGCCGGGGCUCCGGCCUCGGCGGCUUUCAAAGCCCCCUUCCUCACAACAGGAUUAAAAAUCCCGUCCUAGACUUCUUCUACCUUCCGUUCCAGAAUUUCCUCUUUUGGCAUCCGAAAUAAUCGAUCUCGAUUUCGAUUUCGAUUCUUUUCUCGGUUUUCUUUGAUUUCUUGGUAGCUAAUAUAUCCAUCGACCGCCUCACCUCAAUUUCAUUCUUUUUUCAUCUUCUCAUCUGUCGCCGCUAACACCACCCAAACAGCAAACUUACAGCACAGAAAACAAAUCAAAAAAAGGCUAACUUUUUUCUGUGGACUCUAGCGUUCUCCGGUUGUGACGAGAUGCCUGCACUCGCCGUUGAUGCUGCAGCACCUGUGGCGCACGCCUUCGCGUCGUGCGACGCCGCGCACUUCGCGGCCCCGCUGCUGGGCCCCGCCGUGGCCGACAUGCCGGAGGCGGUCGCGUGGUCGCCCGACCUCUCCGCAGCGCUGUACAACGUAGACGGCUGGGGCGCGCCAUACUUCUUCGUCAAUGAUGACGGCGACGUCGCCGUGCGCCCGCACGGCGCGGCCACGCUGCCCGGGCAGGAGAUCAACCUGGCCAAGGUCGUGGCCAAGGCGGCGGGGCCGCGCGCUGGCGGCGGGCUCGACCUGCCGCUGCCGCUGCUCGUACGCUUCCCCGACGUGCUGCGCCACCGCUUGGAGACCCUCAACGCGGCGUUCGACUACGCCGUGCGCUCCACCGGCUACGGCGGAAGGUACCAGGGCGUGUACCCGGUCAAGUGCAACCAGGACAGGUACGUCGUGGAAGACAUAGUGGAGUUCGGCGAUGCUUUCCGCUUCGGCCUGGAGGCCGGCUCUAAGCCGGAGCUGCUGCUGGCCAUGAGCUGCCUCGCCGCGCGCGGCAACCCGGACGCCCUUCUCGUCUGCAACGGCUACAAGGACGACGAGUAUGUCUCGCUCGCGCUCAUGGCGCGCACCAUGGGGCUCAACACGGUGAUCGUGCUCGAGCAGGAGGAGGAGCUCGACAUUGUCGUCGAGGCAAGCCGCCGCCUUGGCGUGCGCCCGGUGGUCGGCAUGCGGGCCAAGCUGCGCACCAAGCACGCAGGCCACUUCGGCUCCACGUCGGGGGAGAAGGGCAAGUUCGGCCUCAACGCCGCGCAGAUAUUGUCCGUGGUGACCAAACUCAAGGCCAUUGGUAUGCUCGACUGCCUCCAGCUCCUUCACUUCCACAUUGGCUCCCAGAUCCCGACCACUGCUCUGCUCUCCGAUGGCGUGGGCGAGGCCGCGCAGAUCUACUGCGAGCUCGCCCGCCUCGGCGCGGCCAUGCGCGUCAUUGAUGUUGGCGGUGGCCUCGGCAUUGACUAUGAUGGCAGUCACUCGGCGCAGACCGAUAUGUCAGUGGCAUACAGCUUGGAGGAGUACGCGGCGGCCGUGGUUGCCGCGGUUGGCCGCGUCUGUGACCGCAAGGGGGUGCAUCACCCCAUCAUCUGCAGCGAGAGUGGCCGCGCGCUGGUGUCGCACCACUCGGUCCUGGUGUUCGAGGCCUUCUCGGCUUCGGCGCCUGGCCGCAUUGACACAGCAACGGCCUACCUGCUCGAGGAGCUCACCGACGACUGCCGUGCUGACUACCGCAACCUCAUGGCUGCCGCGGUGCGCGGUGACUACGACACCUGUGCUCUGUACGCCGACCAACUAAAGCGGCGCUGCGCCGAGCAGUUCAAGGAGGGGGUUCUUGGCCUGGAGCACCUCGCUGCGGUUGACGGGCUCUGCGAGAUCGUCGCCCGUGGCAUGGGUGCGGCCGAGGCGCCGCGCACAUACCACAUCAACUUGUCUGUGUUCACCUCCCUGCCGGACAUGUGGGCCAUCGGGCAGCAGUUCCCGAUCAUUCCAAUACAGCGCCUUCACGAGCGCCCGGCCGUCGACGGUGUCCUGUCAGACCUCACCUGCGACAGCGACGGCAAGGUCGACCAGUUUAUCGGCGGGAGGCACAGCCUGCCGCUGCACGAGCUCCCCACCCACGGCACCCGCGGGUACUACCUGGGCAUGUUCCUCGGGGGCGCCUACCAGGAGGCCCUCGGCGGGCUGCACAACCUGUUCGGUGGGCCGAGCUUGGUGCGCGUGUCGCAGAGCGACGGUCCUCACUGCUUCGCAGUGACGCGCGCGGCGGCCGGGCCCUCCUGCGCCGACGUGCUCCGCGCGAUGCAGCAUGAGCCCGAGGUCAUGUUCGAGGUCCUGAAGCAGAGGACCGACGGAGCCACGGCUGCCGCCCUGGCCCGAGCGUUCGGCGCAAUGCCUUACCUGAUGUUCGACCCCGAGGCGGCGGUGAUGUCCAGCGGAGAGAGUAGCGGCAUGAGCAGCGACUCGGAGGGGUCGGCCGCCGGCGCCGCCGAGGAUGAUGAUGAUGAGUGGGAGUUCAUGCGCGGGCUCACCGUGUGAUGAUGGAGCACACAAACUCCCCUGUACCCGUGUCCCUGGUGAAUGAUGUUGCCAGCAGUUGUCACUCGCCGGCGUUGGUAACCCUCCGCCCGGUGUUGUAUCGUGUCAUGGUCGUAGUCGUCGGGUGUCUCUCGCCGGAGUUCUUGGCGCCGCUUUUUUAUUUCGAAUGCGUCAAUGUCCACUGUUUACCUUUUUUCUGGGAAUAAGAAGGAUCCAAUAAGUUUCUCUGAA